CAACCCCGGCCAGAGCCAGAGCCCCCGGCAGAGCGCAUCGCCGCCAGCCGCGCCUCUCCGCGCCCCAGCGCCUCUCGGCACCAGGGAAGCUCCACCCACCUCAAGCCAAGAUGUCCAGCAAGCGGGCCAAGGCCAAGACCACCAAGAAGAGGCCACAGCGGGCCACGUCCAAUGUUUUCGCAAUGUUUGACCAGUCCCAGAUCCAAGAGUUUAAGGAGGCCUUCAACAUGAUCGACCAGAACCGGGACGGCUUCAUCGACAAGGAGGACCUGCAUGACAUGCUGGCCUCCCUAGGGAAGAACCCCACGGACGAGUACCUGGAGGGCAUGAUGAGCGAGGCCCCGGGGCCCAUCAACUUCACCAUGUUCCUCACCAUGUUCGGGGAGAAGCUGAACGGCACCGACCCCGAGGACGUGAUCCGCAACGCCUUCGCCUGCUUCGAUGAGGAGGCCUCAGGCUUCAUCCAUGAGGACCACCUCCGGGAGCUGCUCACCACCAUGGGAGACCGCUUCACGGACGAGGAAGUGGACGAGAUGUACCGCGAGGCGCCCAUCGACAAGAAGGGCAACUUCAACUACGUGGAGUUCACCCGCAUCCUCAAGCAUGGGGCCAAGGACAAGGACGACUAGGCCCCGGGGGCCCUCGGCCGGCCCUUCCUCCGCCCCACGCACACGCACCACCGGCCGCCCAGGGGUGGGUCCAGCCCCGAGAGACACGGGCCGAGGACCCCUGAAGGACCCCUGAAGGACCGUCGUCCAGGGAGAGGGAAGGCCUCGGGAGUGAGGGCUGCCUGUCCCUAGGCUGCCCGGGGGAUGCAGCCCUGGGUCCUGGUGUCAACAGCACUUCAUGAGCACCCACACACGCGCGAGCUCGCCACGUCCCCAAGUGGACAGCACCAGACCCCCGCCCCUGCCCGUCCACUCUUCUGGGAAUGCUCAGGUCACCUGGACACCCCUGUCCCAGGGAGGCAGAGUCUCCAAUAGAAGGCUGAGCACUA